AUGGCUGAGGCUGCUACACUGAGUGCAAUUGAAAAAACUACAGUGGGCGUCUACGUCACCAGAGAGACGCCAGGCAGUGACUCUUCUGAUGUUGGCAUCAUCAUUGAAGGUGUUGUGGUUCUUCAGGACCUUGGUAACGUGGCCCUUGCAGUAGCCAUGUUGUUUGGACUUUUUUACUCCUUGAACAUGAGAUACCCAUCACAACUACACUUCACUUUUGAGGUGAUUCAGAAGUUGCUCCAGAUUGGACCAGCCUAUGGUCGAAAAAUGAUGACUGGGUAUUUGUCAUCAAAGGGAAUCUGGGCAUCAGAAGUUCGUGUGGGACAUAUGCUCAGGACUGUUAAUCAGCCUUAUCAUACAGAUCGGUGCCAUGGGGCCAAGAACCUGAAUCCAAUGCCUUACAAUGCAGAGUACAUGGGUCACAAACUACACAUGGACCAAAAUGAGAAAUUGGUCAUGUUUGGUGUGACUCAUGUGCUUGCUAUAGAUGGCUAUUCCAGCAAAAUUGUUGGACAUUCCACCAUGCCAGUUAAGAAUAACCUGCUCAUAUAUCAGGAUGUGUACAGAAAUUCUGUUUUACAACAUGGCAUUUGGGAUCAAAUCAGGGUGGAUCAUGGAAGAGAGUUUUUCUUGACUCUCUUUAUUCAGGAGAAAUUGGCAGGCCUUCGGUUUAAUACAGACAGACAGGCCUACAUUCAAUCACAUUCAACACAGGUGAGUUUGUCAUGA